AUGCUUUUCCUGGAUUACCUGAUUCUCCAGGAGCACCCUCCUGUCCCGCCCGCCUCCCGCCCCCCCAGCAUCCUAGUUCCCCUCUUGGGAGAGGAGCCCUGGCCUGUCUGUCCUAACCGUAGCCCGCACCGUCCGCCUGGUGCUGCUCUCUCUGUCUGCAUUCUGGCCGACUCUGGCCACGUGCCGCCCUCCCCUCUGCCCGCCUGGGGAUCAGAUGCUCCGGGUGGCUUCGGGGGGUUUCUCUUUGCCUGGAUCAUAGUCUCGUUUGCCUGUCACCUGGCCUCCACCCAAGGAACUCCUGAAGAUGUGGAUGUCUUCCAGCGGCUGGGCCUCAGUGGGAGGAAGGUGGCAGGUGGCCGGAGCCCUGCUCCCCUGGGGGUCAUUCCGUUCCAGUUGGGGUUCAUCUUCACACAGCGGGCCCGGCUCCAGGCGCCCACAGCCUCUGUCAUUCCUGCUGCCCUGGGCACAGAGCUGGCACUGGUGCUGAGCCUCUGCUCCCAUCGGGUGAACCAUGCUUUCCUCUUUGCCAUCCGCAGCCGGAAGCACAAGCUGCAGCUGGGUCUGCAGUUUCUCCCUGGCAAGAUGGUCGUCCACCUGGGGCCCCGGCGCUCUGUGGCCUUCGACCUUGACGUGCAUGAUGGGCGCUGGCACCACCUGGCCCUCGAGCUCCGUGGCCGCAUGGUCACCCUAGUGACGGCCUGUGGGCAGCACCGGGUGCCUGUCCCGCUGCCUUUCCACAGGGACCCAGCGCUUGAUCCCGAGGGCUCCUUCCUCUUCGGGAAGAUGAGCCCACGUGCGGUCCAGUUUGAAGGUGCCCUGUGCCAGUUCAGUAUCUACCCUGUGAUGCAGGUUGCCCACAAUUACUGUACCCACCUGAGGAAGCAGUGUGGACAGGCUGACAUGUACCGGCCCCAGCUGGGACCCCUCUUCCCCCAGGACUCUGGCUCCUCUUUCACCUUCCAGACUGACCUCCCGCUGCUGGGUCUGGAGAACCUGACCACUGCCGCCCCAGCUCUGGUGUCAUGGCCAGCAGGCAAGGGGGCCAAGGUGACUGUGGCACCCGUCACGCCCAUCAAGCCCUUAAGGACUAGCAGCAUAGGUCCUCACCAGCGUGUUGCAGUGGGAGGCCCAGUCCGGACCCCACUGCCACCUGCCAAGCUAUUGGCCAGUCAAGUGCUUCCCCCUGUACCCCCAGUCUCUCAGGCUGGCACCGCCCGAACUCCCCGCCCAGCACCUCCACCUGCUCAGAUAUUGUGGAAGAGCACAGACACCAAAAUCCCCCAAAGUCUCCCAGCUGAGCCUUCGACCCCUUCUUCAGUUGUUCCUGUCAAAAGCCCACGUCCCACCCAAAAGGCAGUUCCACCUUCUUUCCCAGAGUCAGCCCUAUCCACCCAGAAGCCAGUGUCACCCAUUUCCCACUCAGUUCCUGCCAAAGUCUUCCGUCCCACAGUGAGGCUGACCCAAAGGAACACCGGAACGUCCAGACCUCCACCUCCCAGCUCCCGGCCCCUACCUUCUGCUGUUGUCUCCUCCAAAAAACUGUUUCCCACAGUGACUCAGACCAAGGCCAAGAUGACCAGUCACACCAGUAAGCCAGCCCCUGGCCGUACCAACACACGCAAACUGCCCCAUCCCACUGUUUUGCCCCCAUCUCCUACCCGUAGUCCUGGCUCUACCAGGACCCCUCAGCCACCAGCCACAGUGACACCUCCAAUCUCAGGUACCAGAACUCCCAGUACAGCACCUCCCACCCUCACUCCUGCUUCAACCUCCACAAGAAGCAAGAAACCCACUGGAUCAGAAACCGCAAAGAAGGCCAGACGCAAGAGCAGCCCCCGGGGGCCUAUUCCUCUCAGACCUGGGAAGGCAGCCAGGGAUGCCCCAUUGAACAACCCAGCAACCUGGCCCAGCCCCAGACAGCCCAGUCAGCAGACCACCCCAGCCCCAGCACUAGCCCCGGCACGAUUCCUGUCCUCCAGCUCCCAGCCCACGAGCAGCGGCUACUCGUUCUUCUACCUGGUGGAGCCCACGCCUUUCUCCCUGCUGAUGGGACCUCCGGGACCCAAGGGAGACUGUGGUUUGCCGGGUCCCCCUGGACUGCCUGGGCUACCUGGAUCCUCUGGUGCACGAGGGCCUCGGGGUCCUCCUGGGCCUUAUGGAAAUCCAGGGCUCCCAGGCCUCCCUGGAGCCAAGGGACAGAAAGGGGACCCGGGGCUCUCACCAGGAAAGGCCUACGAUGGGGCAAAGGGCGACGUGGGCUUGCCUGGGCUCCCUGGAAAUCCAGGACCUCUUGGACGAAAGGGCCUCAAGGGCUAUCCUGGGCCAGCAGGGCACCCCGGAGAACAGGGGCAGCCGGGACCUGAGGGCAGCCCAGGGGCCAAAGGUUACCCUGGCAGGCAGGGAUUGCCUGGACCAGUAGGAGGCCCAGGCCCCAAAGGCAGCCGGGGCUACAUUGGACUUCCAGGGCUCUUCGGCCUGCCAGGGUCCGAUGGAGAGCGAGGUCUGCCUGGCGUUCCUGGCAAGAGGGGCAAGAUGGGUAGGCCGGGGUUUCCUGGAGACUUCGGGGAAAGAGGCUCUCCUGGACUGGAUGGAAACCCUGGAGAACUGGGCCUGCCAGGGCCCUCAGGAGUCCCCGGCCUCAUUGGCGACUUGGGAUUGUUGGGUCCAAUUGGUUACCCAGGACCCAAGGGCAUGAAGGGACUGAUGGGAAACAUGGGGGAACCCGGACUGAAAGGUGAUAAGGGUGAACAAGGGGUUCCAGGUGUGUCAGGAGACCCAGGAUUCCAAGGAGACAAGGGAAGCCAGGGGUUGCCAGGGUUCCCAGGUGCACGGGGGAAGCCAGGGCCUCCGGGCAGAGUUGGAGACAAAGGAUCUCUUGGGUUUCCUGGGCCCCCUGGACCCGAGGGAUUCCCUGGAGACAUUGGUCCCCCUGGGGACAAUGGCCCAGAAGGCACAAAGGGUAAGCCCGGAGCUCGAGGCCUGCCGGGACCUCGGGGGCAGCUGGGGCCAGAGGGAGACGAGGGACCCAUGGGACCACCAGGGGCCCCUGGCUUGGAGGGUCAACUUGGCAGGAAGGGCUUUCCUGGGAGGCCUGGCCCAGAUGGCUUGAAGGGAGAGCCAGGGAAUCCCGGGCGGCCUGGGCCCGUGGGUGAGCAGGGACUGCUGGGAUUCAUUGGUCUGGUCGGGGAGCCGGGAAUCAUGGGAGAAAAGGGUGACCGGGGCAUGAUGGGACCCCCAGGCGCACCUGGACCCAAGGGGUCGAUGGGUCACCCUGGAACAUCAGGCAGUGUUGGGUUCCCCGGAGAGCCUGGACCCCCGGGCCCUCCAGGAUCUCGAGGCCCACCAGGCAUGAGGGGAGCCAAGGGACGCCGGGGCCCCCGAGGACCAGAUGGAACAGCUGGGGAGCCGGGGUCCAGGGGCCUAAAGGGCCCUCCAGGACUGCAGGGCAGACCAGGCCAGCCUGGGCAGCAGGGCGCAGCUGGUGAGCGAGGGGACAUGGGCCCACGAGGCUUUCCUGGCAUUCAGGGUCCCUCGGGUCCCCCAGGCACCAAGGGUCUUCCAGGAGAACCGGGCCCCCAGGGUCCCCAGGGACCAGUUGGCCCACCUGGAGAGAUGGGACCUGAGGGGCCAUCAGGGGCAGCAGGAGAACCAGGCCUUCCUGGGGAAGCCGGGAUGAAGGGUGACCUUGGACCCCUGGGCAUCCCUGGUGAGCAAGGCCUCAUUGGGCAGCGGGGAGAGCCAGGCCUGGAGGGUGACAGUGGCCCCGCAGGGCCCGAUGGGCUGAAGGGGGACAGGGGUGACCUAGGCCCUGACGGUGAACGUGGCGAGAAAGGCCAGGAGGGGCUGAUGGGCGAGGAUGGGCCCCCGGGUCCCCCUGGCAUCACUGGCAUCCGGGGUCCUGAAGGAAAACCGGGCAAGCAAGGAGAGAAGGGCCAGACUGGAGCCAAGGGUGCAAAGGGCUACCAAGGACAACUGGGUGAGAUGGGCACCCCUGGAGACCCUGGACCCCCUGGCACCCCAGGCCCAAAAGGGUCCCGGGGCAGCCUGGGACCAACGGGCAUUCCGGGACGGAUGGGACCCCAAGGAGAGCCAGGACUGGCUGGUUAUGAUGGACACAAAGGCAUUGUGGGACCCCUCGGACCUCCUGGAUCAAAAGGUGAAAAGGGGGAGCAGGGUGAUGAUGGCAAGGCUGAGGGGCCCCCUGGGCCGCCUGGAGAUCGGGGCCCGGUGGGUGAUCCAGGAGACCGCGGGGAACCAGGGGACCCUGGAUACCCUGGUCAGGAGGGUGUACAAGGCAUUCGUGGAAGGCCAGGCCAGCAGGGCCGCCCCGGGCAUCCUGGACCCCAGGGGCGGCCGGGACCCAAAGGAUCAAAAGGCGAGGAGGGACCAAAGGGAAAGCAAGGCAAGGCUGGGGCAGCAGGCAGGCGGGGGAUCCAGGGCCUGCAGGGGCUGCCAGGGCCCCGGGGUGUGGUGGGGAGACAGGGCCCCGAAGGUGUCGCUGGACCAGAUGGGCUUCCUGGAAGAGAUGGUCCAGCAGGACAGCAGGGGGAGCAGGGAGAUGAUGGGGACCCUGGCCCCAUGGGCCCUGCUGGGAAGAGAGGAAAUCCAGGUGUAGCCGGCUUACCUGGAGCACAGGGACCCCCAGGAUUCAAGGGUGAGAGCGGGUUACCUGGGCAGCUGGGUCCUCCUGGCAAGCGAGGGACCGAGGGCGGAACGGGGCUUCCUGGAAACCAGGGAGAGCCUGGAUCCAAAGGCCAGCCGGGCGACUCUGGAGAGAUGGGCUUCCCAGGAAUGGCUGGCCUCUUUGGACCCAAGGGCCCCCCUGGAGACAUCGGCUUCAAAGGCAUCCAGGGCCCUCGGGGGCCGCCUGGCUUGAUGGGAAAGGAAGGCAUCAUUGGGCCUCUUGGGAUCCUGGGACCUUCUGGGCUUCCGGGCCCAAAGGGUGACAAAGGCAGCCGAGGGGACCUGGGACUGCAGGGUCCGCGGGGUCCUACUGGUCCAAGAGGGCGGCCCGGCCCACCGGGUCCUCCAGGAAGUCCUAUUCAGUUUCAACAAGAUAACCUUGGGGCAGCUUUUCAGACGUGGAUGGACACUGACGGAGCCCUCAGACCAGAGGGUUACAGCCAUGCAGACCGGCUGGUGCUGGACCAGGGAGGGGAGAUCUUUAAAACCUUACACUACCUCAGCAACCUCAUCCAGAGCAUUAAGACGCCCCUGGGCACCAAAGAGAACCCCGCCCGGGUCUGCCGGGACCUCAUGGACUGUGAGCAGAAGAUGGUAGAUGGUACAUACUGGGUGGAUCCAAACCUUGGCUGCUCAUCCGACACCAUCCAAGUCGCUUGCAACUUCACACAUGGUGGACAGACGUGUCUCAAGCCCAUCACGGCUUCCAAGGUCGACUUUGCAGUCAGCCGGGUUCAGAUGAAUUUUCUGCACCUGCUAAGCUCCGAGGUGACGCAGCAUAUCACCAUCCACUGCCUUAACAUGACUGUGUGGCAAGAGGGCACUGGGCAGACCCCAGCCAAGCAGGCUGUGCGCUUCCGGGCGUGGAAUGGGCAGAUAUUUGAAGCCGGGGGUCAGUUCAGACCAGAGGUGUCCAUGGAUGGCUGCAAGGUCCAGGAUGGCCACUGGCAUCAGACACUCUUCACCUUCCGGACCCAGGACCCCCAGCAGUUGCCCAUUGUCAGCGUGGACAACCUCCCUCCUGCCUCAUCAGGGAAGCAGUAUCGCCUCGAAGUUGGACCUGCAUGCUUCCUCUGACCUCUGACCUCCUGGCUCCUCUAAGCCUCAUGGGGAAGGGAAGAGGAGGAGGAUGCAAAGGGAGGGUAUCUAGGGGCAGGUGGGCCCAGGAGAGGCAGUCCACCUGCCCAGGGAUUCUUGGGCAGGCCCCAACUGUUGUCUGCCCGGUAGAAGUGGGUGGGGGUAGCAGGGGACAUGGUAUACUGGGGAGCAACUGAUCCCAGCUCAGUCCCAAAGACCAACCAAAGAGCCAGCCAGACCAAGCUGGACCUGCAAACACCUGAGCCCCAUGGCCUAUCUGCCAGCUCUGCAGCUACCCCCUUCCCUUGCCAGCUUCCUGCCCAAAGAGCCCCACAUUCAAGCCAACAUGAGGGAAGGGGGCAUCUCGCCAGCUGGUCCCUGCCAGGGAGCUUUUGAUGUGCAAUAUUAGGAAGAGACAUGAAAAAAGGAGAAAAGGAAAGAAGUAUAUAUAUAUAUUAUUUAAACAAAAAGAAGAUGUAUUACUAUUUUUUUUUCCACCUGGGAAAGAGGUGAGAGCAUGAGAAAGAGCAGCCAGGGGGUGGGAAGUGAGGAUGCCCCGAGAGGGAGAGGCGAGACCCUCGGGGCUGGGGAGACCCAUGUUGCUACCUCCCACUGUGAAAUCGCUGGUGCUCCCAAUUGUCUUGUAAUGUUUGUGAUUUUUUUUAAGGAAUAAAAAAAGAACUAUUUAAGAUUCUAAAGGUGCUACCAUUUUGCCACAGACUUUGAAGACUCUUUCUGAUGUGGGACGUUGUCCACAUCUUGCUCUUUCCCCCAAAUUUUGAAGUUUGGGGGAUUUAAAAAUUUUUUCUGUCAUCACCCUUGUGCUCUUCAGGUAACUAACUGCUUAAAGAGGAAAGAAAGAAAAGAAAAGAAAAACAACCUACCAGAAACCAGAAGUAGGGAGAUUUGCCUUUUAACUUACAGACUUUGAAAUGUUUGUCCUCUUCAGGCAGGGGGAGUCCUGAGUUCCAAGGAUUGUGACUUGGCCCUUCUUGGUCCUAGAGAGAAGCUAGGCUGCCUUGGAACAAGUCUUGACUUCGAAGAAACCAUUACGAAAGUGGCGUUGGUCAAGGCUGACCUGGGAGGUGGAAUUCAAAUACGGAGCCAUCUCCCAAAGCCACAUAAUGUAAUCCCAAGGUCUUCCCUUCCGGGAGCAGUCAUCUUUCUUGCUUUUUCAUGGUCAUUAAAUUCUCUAGAAACCCCAUGUCAUUAGCUCCAAGUGUGAAUUGGGCUGACGAGAAAGAAUAACUAUGGGAAUCUCAGUUCAGCACUAUAGUGAUGUUCAGUGUAACCUGAAUUAUGCUAUGUCAGUCAACAAGUCAGUGCUUAGGUUGAAUGUUGAAGUUGUUUUAACUAUGGAAUUAUUUUUAUAGAAGGGGAAAAUGUAUGUGAAAGUCUCUAUUUGUGUAUUUUUCUUAAGUUGUGUCUCUGUGGGAAUUGGAUUUGGUUUCCAUUAUUUAAUACCUCACUCUGGCCCACCCUCCCUACCGGACACUUCCUGUAUUCCUCUCCUCCCUGUCCCUGCCUGGUUGUUCUGACGGAAGUGCAUUUUUGUAGCAGCUCGGGGCCUCAUCUCAGCCCUCGGUUUCCAAAUGCCGCCAGACUCAUCGUGGCCUCUGUCUAGUUCUUGGGUUUUUCUGCUGUCCUCGUUUAUGUCUCUGUCCCCAUGUCAGUGUGUUAGAACCCUAGUGGGUUCCAUUUCUUCUUUUUCCCUUCUGGAUUUUAAAUAAAUAUUUAAAACUGA